AUGUCGACGGCGGUGUUAAAUGGCGUUCCUCUCUCGUACACGACAACGAUUGAACCUGUUCAUGGCGCCAUUAGACAUGCCGUGGAGCACUACCAAUACGACGAUGCGCUUAUUAUGGCGGAGCGCCUUUUUGCCGACAAUCCUGGCCCAGAGGAAGCUUGGCAGAUCGCAAAUUGCCACUAUUUGAUGAAUAACAAAUGGUUGUGUCGUGAGUUUUUGGAAUCUACGCAACUCAAGUCGCCAAAACUUCGAUUUCUGUACGCAAGAGUUCUCGCAGAUUUAAAAGAGACCAAAAACGCCAUUGCCCAGCUGUCCGGCCCGUAUCUCGAAAACGUCGGCCGGCACACGAGAAACGUCUCCGCCUUUCAGCACGAGUUCGAAGACUCUGCUGCCUAUGCCCUCUCCCUCGCUGGUUAUCUUCACAAAAGGCAGGGACUCGCCGACCGCGCGUCAGAGUGCUACAAAAUGGCACUGAAACACAAUCCGUUUCUGUUUACGCCGUAUCAAGAACUUUGCGACAUGGGAAAGGGUGGCGAUCCGGAUAAAAUCCUCGAUUGUACAACACACAAAUACUUUAAUCUCUUGGACUGUAUAUCGCCUUAUCGCGAGCCUUCUUCUGCUUUUGACCAAAGACUUAAAGACAUUCCCUUUCGAAAACAAGCGAAACAAGCUCUUCAACCAGUCACUAACACAAACGUCGGAGCUUCUACUGCCACGAGCGCCGAUGCGGUUACACCAAUUCAAAGGACUGUCUCUACCCCGACUGUUCUGCAUUCAAGUCUGACGAGUUUCGAUAACUUUUCUCCAAUUGCCAUGCACACGGAUAAAACAACUCCGCUUGGGCAAAAUACAGAAGAAUUGAGAAGUCACAUGCAAGAAAUAAAAAAGAUAAAGAAGAAGACAGCUGGAAGCAGAAUAGAAAGAUCAGAGCUUCAGCAGCCUGGUAGAAGGCUUUUCAGUCGUCCAAACGUCAACAUUCCUCGUCAAUCGACGAUGAAAGUCGACGAAAAGGGGUCGAAAGAGAAUUCGGAGAUGCCGACCCGCAGAGUAACCAGAUCAUCAGUGAACACAAGCUCCUCCUCGCCUCGUAUUCCUCGCUUGACGAGUCAGAAUCAACCAGAGACGGAGCCUUCCGAAGAUCCUGAUAAAUCUCUUUCGCGUGAAAGACUAAACCGCCAAUUUGACGAGUUCAGGAAGCAGGUACCCAGCUUACAGGACGACAUGAAGUCGAAGAGGUCGGCCAUCGAGUUGGUCAAGUAUUACAGAAUCAUGGGACAUGCGUAUUUGGCAAGAUCAGAACAGAGAUUUGUCGAGGCGCGUUCGAUGCUCAACUCUCUUCCACCUUCGCAGAGACAAACAGGCUGGGUUCUGAAUGAGAUUGCCCGAACAUACAUGGACGAUCAAAAGUUCCAAUUAGCUAAGGUGCAGUACAAAGAGCUUUUGGAACUGGAACCGUAUCGCGUUGUUGGAAUGGAGUUCUAUGCUUCCUGUUUGUAUAGAUUACAAGAUCAAAUAUCCCUCGAGCAUCUCGCAAAUCGCUUCGUUACCAAGGCCAGAAACCGUCCAGAAACUAUGUGCAUCCUUGGAAAUCUGUUCUCGUACAAUGAGCGGCGCGACAAAGCAACGACAUAUUUCUCGCGCGCUGUGCAAAUCUGCGAUUCCGAUUUUGCUGCUGGUCAGCAAACAGAAUGUCGACACUAUGCUUUCCACUUGUUGGGACACGAGUAUGUUCUGAAGGAAGAAAACGACAGCGCAAUCAAGUGCUUCAAGAACGCAAUAAAGCACAAGGCGAGAUUUGUCAAUGCGUUGACGAGCAUUGGUGAUGUUUUCAUCAAUGCAGAGAAGUACGACCUUGCAGAGAGUUAUUUAUUAACAGCGCUGAGAUACUAUCCAAAGAACGCUACUGUUUGGUCAUACAUGGGCCAGAUUCGCCACAAGAAAGGAGAACUGAAUAAAGCUCUCCAAUGCUUCAAUAAAGCGCUGCAGUUUGAUCCAACACAAGCGAACGCGCUCUUCAUGAAAGCGAACAUGUAUUAUAACCUCGGCGACUAUCAGAAAGCGCUCAACGAGUUGAUACAUCUUGACAAGAUUCACCCCAAACUGGCCCUUGUCAAUUACACCAUGGCAAAGGCAUACCAUCAUUUAGGGCAGAAAUAUCUUGGCAACAAGCAUAUGCAAAUUGCUAAUCAGCUCGAUCCAAAGGGAAAUCACAAGCAAAAAGCUCACGACUCAUCAGAACUGGCAGACAUUGCCAACUACGAGCGGGAUCAAUCGAUGGAAUCUUCAAUUUCUGUAACUCCGACGGCGAUUGAAACGUCCGAAAUGGAGACCGACACGAGUCUUCAAAACCUCGAAGAUCUGCUCAAUGAUGAUUUUUAG